AAAAUUCAAGAAGAAUGACGCAAAACAGUAGGAGGGGGCGCCGUUGGUUAGACGGAUCUUUCGAGGCACAUAAGAGACACGUCAGGUCGAGAUGUUUACUGCUGUGCUCUGAGUGUUUGUGUGCCGUAUCUUCCCUGUGAAUUACUAAACACUGCAACACCAAAGAAGAGACAAUGGGUGACUUGGGCCAGUGGUUCAACAGUCUGCCCCCGAUGACCAAAUACUGGUUUGGGGGCACCCUUUCAUUUUCUCUCAUUGGUCGCUUUGGCCUCAUCGGUGGAGAAUGGCUUAUCCUUCAGUAUAGGCCUUUAUUCCAUGGUUUUCAACUGUGGAGGCCAUUCACAUCAUUAUUCUUCUAUCCAAUAGGCCCUGCUACUGGAUUUCAUUUCUUGAUUAUGGUUUAUGCCCUGUACAAGUAUUCAUUAAGGCUUGAAACAGGUCACUUUGGGAGAAACCCAGCAGAUUACCUCUUCAUGCUUUUGUUUAACUGGUUGUGCUGUGUCAUCUUUGGACUGAUUGGAGGGAUGACAACACUGAUGGACCCUAUGGUGUUGUCUGUACUUUAUGUGUGGUGUCAACUAAACAAGGAUGUCAUUGUCAGCUUUUGGUUUGGCUUCAGAUUUAAAGCCAUGUAUCUUCCAUAUGUACUAGUUGGUUUCAAUUUUAUCUUCUUUUAUGGAGGAUUCAAUAUGUUGUUGGGAAUCAUAGUUGGCCAUCUGUACUACUUCCUCACCAUUAGAUACCCACAAGAUUUUGGUGGAGCGACCUUACUGCAUACUCCUGAGAUAUUGUACAAGUUUUUCCCUGAUCAACGAGGUGCGUCAGGCUUUGGGCAGGCUCCCACUGCUCCUAGACCAGCAGCAGGCGGUGACACUGGUGGAUGGGGUGGAGGUCAAAGGGGCAUUUUCCGAGGUCAAGGACACACCCUAAAUUAGGUUUUUUCUUCUGCUUGUAUUUAGUUAUACUUUGCACUUUUUGUUGUUACCUAAGUUGAAAUAUGUAAUAUUACCAAAAUGCAAAUGAUCUUGAAAAUCUACUUAUAAGAUUUCUUGCCUCAGGAGCAUUGUUUCAAUGAAAGAUUGUAUAAAGUAAAGAAUACUGAUUUCUGUAUGAUUCUUAAAUAAAGCUGAAUAAGUCCUAAAAAAAGGUUAUAAUACAUUUUCAUUGUGUAUUAUGAAGAUUGGCUAAAGACUAAAAACACUAAUUUGAAAAAAACCCUUCAUUACUGCCAAUCCCAUAUUAUUUAAAGGGUUCUGAAUUUGUAAAGUACCUGAUUUCCUAACCUUUGUGCAUGAAAUAGAAGUGACUGCAUUUUUUAUGUAUAAAAGAGGACUUGUUUCAUAUAGUAAACUAACUGCUACUACUUGGAACUUAUUUGCCAAAUAAUACAAGUACCCAAAUGUGUCUUGUUCAGUCUGAGUAAAAAAAAAAAUAAAAAAACAGCUGCAUAGUCAGGAGAGAGAUUAGAGUGUGCAUCACUGAUCACUUCUGGGUAAAUGUGUGUGUGGAUCCAUAAUUAGUGCAUGUAGUUAUCAUCCUAAAUGUAAAUUUUGAAUUGAGUAAAGAGUUUGAGUAAA